GUAAAAUUAAAAAUUAGGGGAUGGGUAUAAAUGACAGCUCAGGUUCGCCUGGUCACAGGAGGCCAGACUUUCCAGGGUUACAGUCUGACCUCUUGUUUUCUAAAGAGCACGUAAAAUAUAGUACGAAGUCAAAAAAGAAUUAGAACUUCGCAGUGAUAGUGGAAGCGCUGGAGGGCGAUGGCGGGAGGGCGCGAAGGGCCGAGACCCUUUUAGUACAGUGUGGAAAAAACAUCCGAAAGGUCUCUGGAGCCGAUGAACUACAAGGACGCCUAAGCGGUGUCCAGAGCUUAGUAACCUCGUGGUCUCUCAACCCAAAACGACGGGAAGAGCCCGAGCGGGGGAGGCUAAGAACGCCGUAGCCACGAGGCCAAGGAGCUAAAGCUGGCGUCGGUUUAACUCCUCCAGCGCCAAAAGAUGAAAGGGGAAGCAGAAAGGAGGGAAGAAGAUCCCGGGAGGGAACCGUACGGGCUGCCGCAAAACAGCUGGGAGCUUGAAACCCAUGGAGAAGUCACUUCUCUUUCCCUCGCUGACCACUUCUGCCGCGAACGACCGGGACAGUCGCAGCCGAAGCGGCGGGGGUGAGUCCUCGGGGGAGACCGAGUCGGAGUCGGGGCCCGGCGCUCCCAGAGGGCCAAUGACGCCGCCUUCCCCAGCCAGAGGCUCGCUCCUUUCUCCCGCCCUCACUUGCCUCGUCAGGCCUCCCCCAACGCCGUCCACUGCCCUUCCCAACCCCUAGGCGAAUCCAGGUUCAAGAGGUAGAAAAGCCGAUGCUGGCUCAGCAGGGCCGGAGACUACCGGCCGGCAGAAGCCCCACAGUGGCGGCCGCCAUUUUGGAGCUGGAGACUAGCGGCGGAGACGAGGAGGACCCAGGGCGAGACCAUCUCCGGGGGGUGGGCACGGUGCUGUGGGAAGGCGACGGCGCUCACGCCUGCACGCCUCGUCUGCGUGGAGCGAAAUUUUAUUCAGAAAUUAUUGGUAAUGUUUGGAAGCUAAAAAAAAUGAGAGGAGUCAACCCUGAGGAGGAAGAAGUAGUAUGAUUUGCUGGCGUCACCCCUCUGUUCCGUGCGGGCGCGGCGAAUGGCAGGUCCCGAGGUCGCAGCUUCCACUGGCGCCGGUGGCUGAGUUCCCCGUUGCCCUUGGUCUCGGGGUCGUUGUCGGCACUGAGGCUGCAGCUAUCAUGGUGAACUUACUUCAGAUUGUGCGAGACCACUGGGUUCAUGUUCUUGUCCCCAUGGGAUUUGUCAUUGGAUAUUAUUUGGACACAAAGAGUGAUGAACGGCUAACUGCCUUCCGGAACAAGAGUAUGUUAUUUAAAAGGGACUUGCAACCCAGUGAAGAAGUUACCUGGAAGUAAAGACUGGCUGGAUUAUCGAAUGUUCACAUUUUAAAGUUCUGAGAGAAAUAAAAACAUGAAGAACCUGAAA